CUGUUAAAGGUGUUCCACAACACCACGGCGAGAAAAAGAAAUACCAAAAUGGCAAAAAAAAAGCAAACGGAAUCUAAAUUGCGUUCCUCGCGAAAAAAAGGAAUAACCUCAUUUGAAAUAUCGCGAUGGUGGGAGAUCGAAACCGGAAAUGAUAUGUAAGCAGUGGGAGCUGCUGCGAAAACGGUAAAUACCGGGACGUGAGAAUGUCAGAAUCCUCGGGUGAUCGCAUUGUUUGACUUCUGCCAACUGUUACCACUGAACGGUUGAUUGGAUAAAUUCUUGUUCUACUCGGACUACAUCAAUAACCGUUCUUCUGAACAGUGGACCAAAUUAAUUUAUCACCCUGCGUUGUGAGAAAUAACAAGACAUAUCUGAGAAAGAAAAUCGGAGCCGAGGACAAGACGAGGGUUAAACAGAAAAGGACCAUUUUCCUGAAAUAAUGGGGGACAAUGCUGACUAUGAUGAGGCUGUAGCCAACUUACGGGCCUGUCUGUUGUCAGCUAAAGGCGGUGUCUCGCUGUCUGAAUUAAAUAAUGACUAUAAGAAAAUAGUCGGGGAAAGUUUACCCUAUAGAAAACUGGGUUAUCCGUCCCUUGAAGAGUUCCUCAAUGACAUUCCCGGGCUCCUUAUCACCAAGAGAGGGAACGAUUGGAAUAUUAUCGCCAAACCGACAGAAGACACGGUUCACCUGGCACAGAUGAUAGCAAGACAAAAGUCCUCGUCAUCCAAGAAUCGCACGCGAGGAUUGACCGCCAAACGCAGAAGACCUGCUGCCAGGUCAGGCAGAACACCGUCGCAAUUCGACAUGCCGUCUAUGAACUCGCAGCAGCGAAAAGGGUCUAGCACAAAUUAUCGAGCUGUCCAGAGAGUGCCGAGCUUGCCACCUUUGAUGCAGAAUCCACCAAAGAAAACUAUACCACCGCUGAUAGAGAAACCACCUCGAUACAUGCUACCAAAUCCAGGAAUUCCGCAAACCUCUCCGAGCAAGCAAUUGUCAGACCGAAUGGCAAACAAAUCGGCGAAUUUGAACACCAGAAAUCAGCCGCCGACUGUCGCGUACAAGAAUAAAGUUACGACGCAGAAUUUGCUCAGUGAGAAACGCACUCCGCCAACACCGACACCUCUGAUUCCACCGAAACCGGGCCUGUCCAUUCAGGAGAGAAAUUCCAAACCUGUUCAAACGCAGUCAAAAAUUGUGAAAUCGAUCAGCGACCGGCUCAACUUCAAGCCUCAGACUAGCCCUAGUCCACCGACUAUUCUUUCACCGCUCUCGCCCAGUCAACUAGUCGCAGCUGCUGCCGCAGCUGAAAGCAUCGCCUCUUCGACCCCACCUGAAACACCAAAAACUUUGCAGGUCAAGACAAUGUGGCCUCUAAAUUCUCAGCAUCAGAAUCCGUGCAAGCAGCUGGAAAUCUACGCGCAAAGCAUGAAGCUCCCGAAACCCUCGUACAAGGUUGUUAAGUCCUCCGCAAAACGACAAGGUUCCUUCUUCUACUGUAAAGUAAAGAUCGGUUCGUACGGCUGCACGAGUUAUCCGGAAGAGAUAGCCACAUCUGAAGAAGCGACCCGAGCCGUGGCAGCCAAAGCGCUGCAUGAAUUGUUGCAGAUAAACGGUCCUCUAUCCAGCCUUACGGAGACGACUAACAAGAAUCUGGUUAAGGAUCGUGUGGUUGCGAUAGUCGCUGAGCACUCGAACGGAGUUUUUAUGCACCAAAUACCGAAGUAUUACCAGGAGCAGUUCAGGGAAAAUUUGCCCGAAGACUGGGAGAAGAUAAUCGUCGAAACCUCGGAAAUUUUCAAGGAGAAAGGCGCCCACGAUUCGACGAUUCUUUGCCUACCGUAUCCGAGCCCUCGAUCCAAACAUCGCAGCUCAGACAAGGUAGCAGAAGCGAUAUCACCCAGGGUGGAAAAGAUCGAGCUAAAUCCUAUCGGUCCUCCAGUUCCUGGAGUUCUGAAACCACCUGUCGACGAGUACUGGGAUCUUUGCAUCACUUGCGUUUUAGACACGACAGACAUUUGGGCGCGGCUAAUAGGUGAAGAGUACAGCGACAGAAUUGAAACCAUGCUGAACGAGCUGGAAAGCUACUAUCAAAAGAUCUCUAACGCUCCAGGAGUAAAAGACAUCGAAGUUGGAAAGUAUUACGCGGUUCAAGUUGAGGAAUACUGGCACAGAGUUCAGUGCUUUGAGUAUAACGCGAAAACUGGCAUGGCCGUGGUUUUCUUCAUUGAUCACGGAGAUGACGACACCUAUCAUUAUAGCAAACUUUACCCGUUGGAAAAGCAGUUCUGCAAAAUUCCUGCACAGGCCAUCAAGUUGACGCUCGCCAACUUGGAGGUGUUCAACGAUUGCGCCGAGGUGAUCGAGUACUUGGAAGAAGUUUUACUUGGACAGAUACUCGUUGCUGAGGUCCUGAGCCGAGAGCUUGGGGAGGAAGUGACUGCGUCUGUCAUUCUUUACGACACUAGCAAAGAGCAGGAGGUUAAUUUGAACGAUUUUCUGUUCAACAAGAUUAGCGAAAAUAUACUUGUUCCGAAGCUGAAUCAGGGUCAUGUCUCCGAGGUUUACGUGUCCCACGUGACUGAGAGCGGCGACGUGUAUCUGCAUGUGAAAUCGGACAGCAUGAAGUACCUCGUGAGCCUAAUGAACACGUUGAUACAGACGGGUCUCACGAGUGAGGACAUACAGAGGAGUGAAGUCAAGAAUAUAGACAGAAGCAAACUCUAUCUAGUCAGAUGUGUGGAGGACGGAAAUUGGUACCGGGGAAGCGUAGCGAGCAUCGAAGCUCACAACAGGGUCGACGUGUUUCUUGUCGAUUUCGGUAAAACUAUCAUAGUCAAGAAACAGGACCUUCUCGCCCUCGAUCAACUCUCUGAAGUGCUUCCGAAGUAUCCUUAUCAGGCCUUCAAAGUACGACUGCACAACAUUCCAGAGGCAAUGUUUAGCAGUGAAAUGGCGACGAAACUGACUUUGCUUGCUCCACCAGAUCAAGUGAUCCUGGUGAAGAUCGUCACCCCGGCUUUAGCGUCAAGUCCUCCGAUAGUCGAGCUUGUCAAACGCUGUGAGCCGAACAACAUAGUUGUAUCAAUAAACAGCACAUUAGCCAUGGACCCGAACUUAGCAGGGUCCAACGGGGAUGGUAAUAACAAUACUACGCGCCCUAAGAAACGACUCGAAAGAUCUGUCUCGAGGCACAGUGCAGCCAGUGAUGGAGAAUUGGUGACGAGGAAUUUGAAACCGCCAGUGAUACCGGAUUUCGGUCGCUACUUCGACGUUCAUAUCACGAUGGCAGCCAGUCCUGGAAACUUUACGGUUCAACCUUAUGACGACAGGGUGCAUCUUGAGGCAAUGAUGGUCCAGCUUCAGGAAGUUUGCGUUAAUUAUAUGGGAUCUGCGCCACUGUCGGAUUCAAUCAAGGAAGGAAGUUUGUACGCUGGCAAGCAUUUCGACGGUCAUUUUUACAGGGUAUGCGUAUCCAAGAUAAUAAAUGACCAAAUGGUUACCGUCUACUUCUGCGAUUUCGGGGACUUCUCUGUUCUUUCUACAGACAAGUUGCAGCCGCUGGGACGCCAGUUUCUUGAUUUGCCAUAUCAAGCGAUCAAAGCCAGACUUGUGGGAAUUCAGCCACUGAACAUAGAUUGGUCGGUGGAGGAUUGUCUGCGUUUCCAAGAACUUGUAGUCGAGAGAAACUUCGUCUCGAUUGUUGUCGAUUCUGGACCUGAUCAACUAUCUCCAGGUGACACGGUACUUGGAUUGAAACUUAUAGACGUCAGUGGGGAAACGGACAUUUACUUGGACAAGCUUCUGAUAGCCGAGGGGAGAGCGACAGCCAUCGAAGGAUGAGAUAAUGGGGUGACUGAAAACAUUUACUCGACAUGGACUAUGUUCGCAAUUUUUUUUUCUCGUGUUUUAUUUUCAUUGAACACGAUGACAGAAGCGGUUGCAAGAAAUUGCGAACUGUUACUAAUGGUAAAAGGUGAGAUCUUCAUGCUAACAAAAUAUUAGCGUGUUAUUGUAUUUAACCAUCGUGGUUUCACUAUGCAAAGCUGUGAUCGGAAUUCGGAAUUUUCGAAUUUUUCUCUGUUUUUGAGAAUCCUUUAGUGGCGCUAUGUAUUUUUAUUUUUCCGUUCUUAUCUCAUCUGACGACUGACUCAAUCAAUAAUGUUCCGUAAUCGCGUUUAUUGUCCUUUUAAUUCCGGUGACGAUUUUGUAUUACGCACUGCAAACUUGUUUCUUACCCUGCUUCCUUUUAAUUUUGCAUUAAUAGUGAAUGAAUAGUAACUCGCGAUAUGAGUGUGUUGUAAAAAUUGACUAAAAAGACAGAUGAGAGAGAACGAGGGGUAAUUAUAUAGUGAAUAAGAUAACCUGGACAGACUGCUAACUCUCCCAUUAUUAUUUUUGUUUUUUCUUUUGCGUUUCUAUACCUAUACGCUAUAUUGUAUAUGAUGAACUGACUUUGUUAUUAGCCUGGGUUUAUUUCACGUUGCUUAACGUAAAACUGAUAGUAUCUAUCGUGACUAAAGCCACGGCGAGCUUGAAUAGCAAAAGAAUAAUAAAAUCGUUAAAUUGCCACAAAAAAACCAACGCUUUACACGAAGAAACGAAAACUUCCUCUUUAGUAGACUGUCGUGUUAUACCUAUAUAACAUUUAAUACUAAUAAUAAUAAAAAUAAAAAUUAUGUAUUAUCUGUUGAAUAAAUAUAAGCAGGUUAGGCGUUAGUUUUCGAAACAAUAUAGAUAUACGUAUAGGAAAAUAUUUUUCUAAAUACCGUUACUACGUUACAAGUUUUUUUUUGUUUUUUAUUAUUAAAAUUUUUAUAUAUAUACAUGUAGUUAGCUAUAUAUUUAUACAGAUAUGUGAUGGAUUGCAUUGUGGAAAUACAUACACACAACAUUCAUGUGUAUGCAUAGGAUAAAAGUAACUAUGCUAUUCGUACAUGGUAUAAUUUUUGUCAUACUUCGGGUAUAUUUUAUUUCCUUCUCAUUUUUAUAACUGGCUACAAAAUUGAGAAAUAUAAAAAAAAGAAGACAAAAAAAAAAACAGGAUUUAUGGGAAAACAUCGAUUUCUCCCUUGUCGUCAUAUUGUUAUUAUUUGAGGAAAAAAAGACAAGAAAUCGUCCGCGACAGGUUUCCUAAUUUUUUUUUGUUCAAAUAUAAUUAUGCUACAAUGUUUUCUCUUAUCGCUGCUUUUAAAAUACAUACAACCACACAUCUCGUUCCAUUUUUGUUACAUAACAUUCCUAUGUAAAAUAGUUAAAUAAUCAGAUAUUUUGAUUUUUGCUUUUCUUUUUAAAUUGUAUUUUUCUCUAAUUUUAUUUCACUCUUAUCACUUCUUACUAGUUAUUUAUGAUGAAUAUAUUUCUUUAAUUAAUACCUAUUACUUGGUGAUAAUUAAAUACAUACCUAUAAUAUCGCCUUGUAAACAGGGUUUUUUGUUGCGACUUUCGUAUCUUUAUUUUCUUAUUUCCUAAUUCUUAUGUAUGUAUCGAAAAUUUAUGCAAUAGGUACAAGCAAUACUUGAAAUAUUUGUGAGCAUUUCGAUACAAGCGUGCCAAAUUGUUUAUUCCUAUGUAUUACGUAUAUCAUUCCUAAUAAUCACAUCCACCUAAAUGUGGGGUGACAAAAAUGAAAAAACAAAUGCGAGAAUGGCGCAGAGUUGUGAAAUUCUUUUCCGUUUCUCUUCAAUUUGACCUUUUCUUAGUUUUUUGUUUUUCCUACUUUAAUCAUUACAGUGUAAAAAAUUGUUCCCUUAUAAUCCGAUAAUUACAGUGUUACAAUUAUAACGUGUGACUACUUUUCUUCCUUAAUCUUCUAAGUUCAUUCUCGAUUUGUUUCCAUAUCGUGUUUGUGCAUGUUAAUUAAUUGAUAGAAGAAUUAUUAUAGUUACAGUUAAUAUUACGAAUAAGGCAAAGCAAGUUACGGUGAGACUACAACUAUGUAGUUUAUGUGUGCAUACAAUAUAGGCAUACAAUAUUAGUUAUGAUUACAUCAUAUUGUUGGUAUUAAACGAAAACGGAGAAAAGAA